UCCGAGCUUUGGGAACGUCAGCACGUCGACGCGGGGCUUUUCUCUGGAGUCCCACUAACGCCUGAGCUUGAGCCUGUUCCUGUGCCUGUGUCUGGGCUGUCCCGGGGAGCGGGCGGACGCGGUUAGGGGCCCGUCCCUGCGCUUGGUCCCUCCCGGCCUGCCCUCCCGUCCAGUCCACCCUAGGGGACUUUGGGGACGUGGGUCCCCUGAGCCGGGCCGGAUAGCUCGGGGCCCUUCCCCGCCCAAGGCUCGGAUGGGAGGUGGCGGGAGGAGAGACCUGGGAUGUUCAGUCUGAUGGCCAACUGCUGCAACUUGUUUAAGCGGUGGCGGGAGCCUGUCAGAAAGGUGACUCUUGUGAUGGUUGGACUUGAUAAUGCUGGUAAAACAGCCACAGCAAAGGGAAUCCAAGGAGAGCCUCCUGAAGACGUAGCUCCCACUGUUGGAUUUUCUAAAAUUGAUCUUAGACAAGGAAAGUUUGAAGUUACCAUCUUUGACUUAGGAGGUGGAAAAAGAAUUCGUGGAAUUUGGAAGAAUUAUUAUGCUGAGUCCUAUGGGGUAAUAUUUGUUGUGGAUUCCAGUGAUGAAGAAAGAAUGGAAGAAACAAAAGAGACAAUGUCAGAAGUGCUAAGACAUCCUAGGAUAUCAGGAAAGCCUAUACUGGUGUUGGCAAAUAAACAAGACAAGGAGGGGGCUUUAGGAGAAGCUGAUGUGAUUGAGUGUCUCUCUCUGGAAAAGCUGGUCAAUGAGCACAAGUGCCUGUGUCAGAUAGAACCUUGUUCAGCAGUCUUGGGAUAUGGAAAGAAAAUUGACAAGUCUAUUAAAAAGGGGCUUUAUUGGCUACUUCAUAUCAUUGCAAAAGACUUUGAUGCCUUAAGUGAACGCAUCCAAAAAGACACAACUGAACAGCGAGCUCUUGAGGAACAAAUGAAACGAGAGAGGGCUGAGCGGGUGCGGAAAUUACGAGAAGAAAGAGAACGAGAGCAGACUGAAGUUGAUGGGACCAGUAGUCUGGCUGAGAUGGACUCAGGGCCAGUUCCUGCUUAUCCUUUCCAGCCCAUAGCAGCUGUAAUCAUGGAGAAUGAAAAAAAUCAAGAACAAGAGAAAAAGAAGCAGAUUGCAGAGAAAGACAGUGAUGUGUGCCUCCCAGAACAUAAAGUGGAGCCUGAGCAAGUAGCGUCUCAGGGCCAGGCUGGCGACUGCUGUGGAAACAAGGACAGUGGAGUGGUAGAAAGUUACAGGGAGGCGCUGUCACAGCAACUGGACAAUGAAGAUGAGCUGGACCAGCGAGCCUCAGAAUCAGAUAUCAGUAAAAAGAAAACUAAGAAACUAAGAAUGAAAAGGAGUCAUCGGGUAGAACCGGUCAAUACAGAUGAAUCCGCUCCUAAGAGUCCCACGCCACCCCCACCUCCCCCUCCUGUUGGCUGGGGAACCCCCAGAGUCACUAGACUUCCAAAACUUGAGCCUCUUGGUGAAACACGUCACAAUGAUUUCUAUGGGAAGCCGCUGCCUCCCCUGGCUCUUCGACAGAGGCCUAAUGGUGACGUUCAGGACAUGAUUUCAUAACCAAGUCAGAUGGGGUCUUCUUUUUAAUAUCAACAAGGUGAACUGAGACCUUUCCCCAAAGCAGAAAAGCCCUGAACGCUGAUGACUGGGGCAAGACAACUAAUGAUUUCAGGGAGGAAAGAAUACCCAAGAACUUGACCUGAUGAUUUACUUCUCCAUGUGCUGUGGUUAAAGCAUAAAGGAAACAGAAUGACCAGUAGCUGACAAGAGCAUUUGGCAAAGUUAGCAUGUCAUAGUAUUGACUCAUUGGUUUACACGUCCCUACUCCUGGACAUACUCCUGAAGAAAAACCUCCUCAGAAAUUGAGCCAAUGGACUCUACAUACCUGAUUAUUUAAUAGUCUGCAUUUCUAUGCAUUAAACAUAUUUUAUAAGGUACAUGUACAUGGAAGGGGAAUUCCUGGGAAUUUAUAACCCAAAUUUUAACUAUUUUUAUAUUUUUUUCUAAAACUUUUGUUUAAGUUUGCUAUUCUAUUGACUGCGCACUUUUCUACAGAUGCUUUGUUUAAACUGUCUGGAUAGGAAGUUGAUUUACCUGACAAACAUAAAAUGUUCAAGCAGGAUGUGUUUAAAGGGCUUGAGGAAUGUUUUGUGAUAUUGUUCUUAAAAUGUACACCCUAUUUAACAUAAUUUUAAAGUAGUUACUGCUGUAAAAAACAAGUUCUCAGAUCUUUAUUCUACCAAAUUAUAUGAUUUGAAAAUGGUACCCAAGGAGAGAAUUCUGUUCUGUUGUGUCUGUUUGUUUUCCUUGGUCAUGAUCUCAGUAAAUGUUAUGAUGUGAAAUACCUUUUAAAAAAAAUUGCUAAAUCUGUUUAGAUUAGUAAAAAUGUGACCUAUGAGACAUUAUUCAAAAUUCUAAACAACUGGAUACUCUCAAAGCUCAGGUGCCCUCUGCCAUGCUUUUGUUGUUAGCAGCUCCAUUGACUCGUUCGGGUUGUUUCACUUCUUCCAUGCCUUGAAAUUAAAGGUAAAAAGAUUGUAAAGGCUACUGCAAGUCUAGAGAUUUCAGUUUUACAGCAAAUAAGCCUUUUGAAUGAAAACGUUGGCUCAAGUCCUUUCAUAAAGAACCAGUUCUAACAAACAUGACUUAAUGUAAAAUGAUAGCACGUGUUUUGCCCUUGAGUGCCAUUCAUAAGGCUCUCUCUUUGUCCAUCUAUCCUUUACGAAAACUGCUAGAGAUGUUGUUAGUAAUGGAUUCAUAAUGUAAAAUUCAGGUGAGUCAAGGUGAAGAUAAAAAAGAACAAUUCCAUAACCUUGUUAGGAUUGGUACCAUAUCCUGGCAAUAAACAUACCGUUUUCUGAGUGGAAGUCCAUCGAAAUAAUGACACCAUUAUUUGCCUUUUAAAUAUUUAUAAUGCAUUGUGUUCAGAUUUUAGCUCACUGGAUCUAGAUCAGUCAUGUCACAUGAUGCUAGUCAGCACUGGUAGAAUUUCUGUGAGUUUGUGCAUGGUACCUACCUCGCAUGCUGAGGAAAAAGCAUUUUUUAUUUCUAUGCAAACCCCAUAUGCAGCAUUAGUAGAUAGCUCAGAAAUGAGGAGAAUCACAAGAAGACAGAAUGUAAAUUCUGACCUGGAUAUUAGAGGGAAAAGUGCUCAUCUUUUUGGUUUGUUUUAUAAUAUUUAAAUUCUCUUUUAAAAUUAAACUUGCACAUUAGCUGUCUUUUAACAUUCAUCAGGUUUGAAGAUAAAGAUUUUUUAAAAAAUUCUUGCUCCCUACCAGUGUUUACUGUAAAGUACAGUAAUUA